CAUUUCCCCGCCCCCUAUUUGUCCCAAAAUACAUAGGCGAACCUGUUGCUCCUCAGCUCAGCAGACACAGAUAGAUUAGACAGCAACACUCUGAGGGGGAAGCAUUCAGGAAACACACACACACACACCCACACACAUAUUAGUAGUAGUAGAUGCACCACUCCAACUGGAUCCCUCUGAAAGGUUAGUUUGAUCUUCCAUCAGCUCUCGCCUGCUCUGAGAACCUGAUCUGCCCGUGCAGUACGUAAUCUGUUUCGAGUGACACUGUGCAUGAGUUUUCCACAGCUUAUAAAUAACGACUGCUUCUGGCUUCCAGCAGAUGAGAGGAGGGCAUAAGAGAAUACACACUUUGGGAGAAGUCCUCCAUGGAGGUAGAUGGGAAAGUUGCCGCCAAGGGAUCCUCCUGCUGCAAGACGUCCGUUAAAACCAGUUUGCAUCUUUGAAAUAAGUGGACACUGGCAUGGAUCACAGCAGAUUCAUCUAAAGGAAGGAACUAGUAGACAAAGUUCUCAAGAGCUCUCUGUAAGGACGUCAAGCAGAGAAGGAACUAAGGAAGGUUUUGGUUACCGACCUCUGUCUAGGCCACUCCUUGGACUUGAAUCUCAGGGUUGGUGAGGGUCUCUAAAGAAGCCAUGGAUGCAUCCACAGAAGGAGUACUGGACGCGAUGGAAAGCGAGGCUCUGGUUGAGUUCCGAUCCACGUUGCAAGCCGCCAUAAGGGAGGUCCAUGUGGAUGUAAGUUGCUUCAAGCAGCGCAUCGAGCAGAGGAUCGGCGAGCUGAGCGUCUCCAACGGACCUUUGGUGGAGGCGGUGAACCGACUGCAGGAGGAGAACCAGCAGCUCCGGGCCAAGAUGGAGGGCCUCGGCCGCCUGGUGGAGGGCCUCACCGGGAUGCAGAUGGAGAGGAGGGCUGCCGAAGUGAACGAGAAGAACGUGGAGGAUAGUUUAAAGAAUGGACAAGAGGAAAGAGUGGGAAGAACCGAGUGCAGCCAGUCGAGUCAGUCCACCUACUCGGAGACGUCGGGGUCCAGCGGAGGGUCGAGCUCUGCUGCUGCUGCAACCAACCACCACCCAGCACCGCCUCCAUGGAGAGCAAAGAGACAUGCUGACACUAACGGCACUGAUGCAAAAGGAGAGACACAUGUUGCUGUCCAGGAAAAUGGGAACACAGAAAGCUCCUCAGUGGACUGUGAUGCCGCUGAAGCUGUGUCCCAGUCCCACCGGCCUCUCACCGCCUUCACUCAACACACCGCAGAGGCUUCUACAUUAAAUGACCCUCUUCAGUCCGCCGUGGAAACCCCCAACAUGCCUGGCCAAGAAGACUCAGGUCAGUUUUCCAAACCCCAUCACCCCCUCACUGCGAUGAUGAAGCCCAGCCCUGAAGCUCCGGCCGUCCCUCAGUCACCGGCCUCAGCGCCAAAAGAACCAAAGGAAAUCAAACCAGACGCCGAUGAACCCCUGCCCCAUCUUCCCGUCACCGCCAUGUUAACCAAAGAGGGUCUGAAAGCUGCCCAGUCUCCGGCAGCGGUGCCUAGAGCAGCCGCUCACUCUGCAGAGGCUCCAUCCGCUGCGUCUGUAGCAAAGGAGCUGAGGUCUGCGAUGUCCCAGGAUCAGUCGGGCUCUGUUUCCCAGGGUUUGGUUCAUCAUGCCGUCACCGCCACGACCAGAAUCAGCUCCGAGACUUCAUCCAGGCCUGAUUCCAGUCCUGCUGCAAUCCCAGAAUCCCCCACCAUGACGAGAGGCGAAUAUCCAUUCAAACGAGACGUCACAGAACCCAAACCACACCUGCCUCUUUCAGCCGUGAGCAAACCCAACACAGAGUCUUCUCCUGCUGUAUCACCUUCAUCACCUACUCUAUCACCUUCAUCACCUGCUGUAUCUUCUUCGUCACCUGCUGUAUCACCUUCAUCACCUGCUGUAUCCUCCUCAUCACUGGCUGUAUCCUCCUCAUCACAUGCUGUAUCUUCUUCAUCACCUGCUGUAUCAUCUUCAUCAUCGAGUCUCCCUGCAUCCCAGGAGUCCACCGUAAAGCCGGGGGAAUAUCCCUUUAAGAGAUUACCAGUUCUCAAGACGCCCAGUCCCAGUCUGAAGAGGAGUGUGAGCUUCCCUCAGCCUGCAGAGAAGUUACUUCCCUCCAAAUCAAUCAUCAAAUCUGGUUUCUCACCGAGUCUGGACAAGAAGGUGACUAAGGCCGCCGGCGUUGAGUUUAAACCGGAUUUAAUGAAAUCUCAAACGCUGCCUCGCUCCAACAGCGCUCAGGCCAAGAGGGCGAUGUUUGAGAGGAUGAACUCCGAGCCCACAAAACCGAAGGAUUCAAAGCCGAAGCUGAAGCGCUCUCAGAGUUUUGGCCCUUCGAGCGCCAGCGGGAUCAAACAGAUCCUGCUGGAGUGGUGCCGAUCCAAAACCAUCGGAUAUCAGAACAUCGAUAUCCAGAACUUCUCGUCCAGCUGGAGCGAUGGGAUGGCGUUCUGCGCUCUCGUGCACUCCUUCUUCCCGCUGGACUUUGACUACAACACGCUGGAACCAAAGAACCGCAAACAGAACCUGCAGCUGGCCUUCACCACCGCAGAGAAGCAGGCGGACUGUCUGCGUCUGAUCGAGGUGGACGACAUGCUGGUGAUGGGCGACAGGCCGGACCCCAUGUGUGUGUUCACUUACGUCCAGUCUCUGUACAACCACCUGAAGACGUUUGAGUAACUCUGUAUCAGAGGACCUUAUAUUUACCACCGUGUGUCAUGAACACUUUGAAUAAGCUAACAGGAAGCCACUGCUGUUUGAACCACAUGAGCACUUAAUGGAUGUAGUGUUUGGUCGAGCAGUUUCUCCUUCAGUAUUUACACUCAUUCACUUUCUUAUCGCUUGUAUUCUCAAAUGCUGUCACCAAAAAAGGUGAGUGAGGGAUACUCGAGUAAAGAUCUUUUGUUUUCUUGCAAUAUUUCUUCAAGAGGUGGGGAGUAGCCUAAGCGUAGUCGGCAUGAUUUAAAGUAUUUCCUUUUUUAGGUAUUUUUAUUUUUGGGUAUUUUUAAAUGUGCAGAGCAAAGACAAAUGAGGUGUCCUUCUGUGAACGACAGAAGAGAGAGACGGCCGAGAGGAAUAACAGAAACAGAAUUGGCCAGUGUUGUGUAUUAUGGUAUGUGUGGGUAAUGCUGGGAAACAUGUAUGUGUUUAUGCAAUAAUGAGAUUCUAACUUAUCUGAUUUUAAAAACCAAGAAGAAGAGGAAGAGGUUGGUGCUGCAACCAGGCUGUUUAUUCAUAAUGAGUAUGCAGGGCUGUUGAAGAACCCAUAAUAAAAACCUUGAUGGAUUUUGUACAUAGCUGGUAGAUCGUGUUGGCAAAUAAAAGCUUCUGAAAGUUGUAUGUUUUAACUGUGUAAGAAAUAGAUUGUUAAAUAAACAAAGCUUCUAGUUUAUAUCAGA